GGAUGAACAAGGAAGAGAAUGAGUGGACAUACAAUAUAAAAGCAGAACCAGAGCUGGUAGAACACUGCACCAGGCUGACUGGCUGUUGUGAACAUCGACAAGAGUCAAGUACAAGUGGACAGAGUCACGUAGAAGACGACCAAGGACAAUGGAUUACGGGGAUCUCAUGAAGGUUGAAACAACUGGUGCAGGACAGAAAACAUCUAAACAGGACCAGCUGAGUAUCACAGGUGUGGCAGCGUCUGAUGCCAUGGCACGAACAGAUCUGUCCAGAAUGAACAAUUACAAAGCCAUCAUCACUGAAGUGGGACAGGAAAAGAAAAUUGAUCCUGCUAUCAUUGCUGGCAUCAUCUCCAGAGAAUCCAGGGCUGGGAAUGCACUGGAAAAUGGCUGGGGGGACGAUCAUAAAGCCUGGGGACUCAUGCAGGUUGAUAAGCGGUAUCAUACGAUACAAGGUGCAUGGAACAGCGCGGAACACCUCCGUCAAGGCACAGAGAUCUUGAUUGGUUAUAUAAAGGAAAUUAAAAACAAAUUUCCUAACUGGACUGCAGAACAGCAACUCAAAGGCGGGAUAGCCUCCUACAACUUUGGGACCAAAAACGUGCAAACUUUGGGUGGAAUGGAUAAGGGCACCACUGGUGACGACUAUUCCAGUGAUGUUGUGGCCAGAGCUCAGUGGUACAAAACCAAUGGAGGCUUUUAGGAGUGAAAACAUGGCAAUGGAGAAAUCCCUUCUUGACACUCAAUAAACUUGGUGCAAAGAAAAACCUACAAA